UCCUGUUUCUCUUCCUGUGGGAGUCUAGAUUUAGGAAGUAAAGAUCACAGGAUGGGAAACAAAAGCUCCAGCCCCCAGGAGUUCUGGACACUGCAGGAGAGUGGGGUGACAUGAGUGACUCCAAGGAACCAAGACUGCAGCAGCUGGGCCUCCUGGAGGAGGAACAGCUGGGAGGCGUUGGAUUCCGACAGACUCGAGGCUACAAGAGCUUAGCAGGGUGUCUUGGCCAUGGCCCCCUGGUGCUGCAACUCCUCUCCUUCACGCUCUUGGCUGGGCUCCUUGUCCAAGUGUCCAAAGUCCCUAGCUCCCUAAGUCAGGGACAAUCCAAACAAGAUGCGAUCUACCAGAAUCUGACCCAGCUUAAAGUUGCAGUCAGUGAGCUCUCAGAGAAAUCCAAGCAGCAGGAGAUCUACCAGGAGCUGACCCGGCUGAAGGCUGCAGUGUGUAGCUUGGGGUGCAGUCAGUGAGCUCCCUCAGAGAAAUCCAAGCAGCAGGAGAUCUACCAGGAGCUGACCCGGCUGAAGGCUGCAGUGGGUGAGCUUCCAGAGAAAUCUGGGCUGCAGGAGAUCUGCUCAGGAGCUGACCCGGCUGAAGGCUGCAGGGUGAGCUUCCAGAAACUGUCCAAGCUGCAGGAGAUCUACCAGGAGCUGACCCGGCUGAAGGCUGCAGUGGGUGAGCUUCCAGAGAAAUCUAAGCAGCAGGAGAUCUACCAGGAGCUAUCCCAGCUGAAGGCUGCAGUGGGUGAUCUCCCAGAGAAAUCCAAGCAGCAGGAGAUCUACCAGAAGCUGACCCAGCUGAAGGCUGCAGUCGAUGGGUUGCCAGACAGGUCCAAGCAACAGGAGAUCUACCAGGAGCUGAUCCAGCUGAAGGCUGCAGUGGAACGCCUGUGCCGCCCCUGUCCCUGGGAAUGGACAUUCUUCCAAGGAAACUGUUAUUUCAUGUCUAACUCCCAGCGGAACUGGCAUGACUCCAUCACCGCCUGCCAGGAGGUGGGGGCCCAGCUCGUUGUAAUCAAAAGUGCUGAGGAGCAGAACUUCCUACAGCUGCAGUCUUCCAGAAGUAACCGCUUCACCUGGAUGGGACUUUCAGACCUAAAUCACGAAGGCACAUGGCAAUGGGUGGAUGGCUCACCUCUGCUGCCCAGCUUCAAGCAGUAUUGGAACAAAGGAGAGCCCAACAAUAUUGGGGAGGAAGACUGUGCGGAAUUUAGUGGCAAUGGCUGGAACGAUGACAAAUGCAAUCUUGCCAAAUUCUGGAUCUGCAAAAAGUCCGCGGCCUCCUGCUCCGGGGAUGAAGAACGGUUGCUCUCCCCAACCCCUACCACCCCAAACCCCCCUCCUGAGGCGGCCCUGUACUUUCUGUGGCUUGGUUUCUCUGGAAAUGUCAUCUUCUCGGGCGCAGCCAUCUUGCCGGCACUGCCCCGCCCCUCUAGUUUAAGAAGAGAUUUAGGGAGUGAGAAUCGCGGGGUGGGAAAUAAGCAUCGUGGUCCCCAGAAGUUCUGGAAAUUGAGGGACGGUGGGAGAAACAUGAGUGACUCCAAGGAACAAAGGGCGCAGCCGCUGGGCCUCCUGGAAGAGGAAGAGCUGAUAACUAGCAGUAUGAAUUUUUUUCCAAGAGACUUUGGAUUCCGACAGACUCGAGGCUACAAGAGCUUAGCAGGGUGUCUGGGCCACGCACCCCUGGUGCUGCCGCUCCUCUUCUUCACGCUCUUCACUGGGCUGCUGGUGGCCAUCCUUGUCCAAGUCUCCAAGAACCCCAGCUCCCAGAGGCUGGAUCAGUCCAGGCAGGAUGAGAUCUCCCAGGACCUGUCCCAGCUGAAGGCUGCUGUGGAACGCCUGUGCCGCCCCUGUCCCUGGGAAUGGACAUUCUUCCAAGGAAACUGUUACUUCAUAUCGAACUCCCAGCGGAACUGGCAUGACUCCAUCACCGCCUGCCAGGAAGUGGGGGCCCAGCUCGUCGUAAUCAAAAGUGCUGAGGAGCAGAACUUCCUACAGCUGCAGUCUUCCAGAAGUAACCGCUUCGCCUGGAUGGGACUUUCAGACCUAAAUCACGAAGGCACAUGGCAAUGGGUGGACGACUCACCUCUGUCAACCAGCUUCAAGCAAUAUUGGAACAGAGGAGAGCCCAACAAUAUCGGGGAGGAAGACUGUGUGGAAUUUAACGGCAAUGGCUGGAAUGACGACAAAUGCAGCGCUGCCAAAUUCUGGAUCUGCAAAAAGUCUGCAGCCUCCUGCUCCAGAGAUGAAGGGCAGCUUCUCUCCUCAGCCUCUGCAUCCCCGAUUGCCCACGCGGCAUAGUGGAACUUCGCCACUUUUAAGCCAGGGUUCCUUCUCUCCAUCCUCGGACCUUCACAAAAUCUCUGGGACUGUUCUCUGUCAGAUUCUUUAUUUUUGUUUUGUUUUGUGAGACAGGGUCUCUGUCACCCAGGCUGGAAUGCAGUGGCAUGAUCACAGCUCACUGCAUCCUCAGU